AUGGGCGGAGGAUCGCCAGACAGAAAAGGCGAGCAACCCAAACGGAAAGAAGCCGAUGACCAGCGCCGAGGCCGACAGCCGGCCAUGUCCUCACACGGCCCCCAGAACCGCGCAUUCUCAGUCUCGCACCAGCGCAUCAUCCUCGACAUCAGCCUCGCCGAGCCCGCCAUCAAGGCGAUCACCGAGAUCACCAUCCUGCCCCUCUCAGCCGACCUCGCCACCGUCCAUCUCCACUCCGCCCACUGCACCAUCCAGGCCAUCUACCAUCCCAGCCAGCCCGAAAACGAGCCGCUCCCGUUCAUCCUCAACCAGCCCAGCAGCGUCAGGAUCCCAGACCCAAACUCAGUCAAGCAGUUCCCCGAAGCAAAACGGAGGCUGUUCGAGCGCAUCAACGAGAAGGAGACCGGCGAGCUAGCCAUCCAGAUCAACCGGGACAAGAUCAGCCGGACUGCCCGCCAAGCUACUGCCGCCCUCCUACCAUCCGAUCAACAGCAACACCAACAACCACCAACAGCCCAUAAGGACAAAGACCUCCUCGAAUUCGACCCGAUCAUCAUCGCCAUCGAGUAUCUUAUCACGCCUCAAGACCUCCUCCUCAACCCUGCCAUCUGCGUCGUCGGCGGACAGCACCCCCACAUCUUCACCAACUCGAUCUCGGCCAGAUCCUGGGUGCCCUGCGUGGAUUCGCUAUGGGAGAGAAGCCCUUGGGAACUCGAGUUCAUCGUACCCAAAUCAGAUCUCACCACCCACAAAACAUAUCCGAUCACCGUCGUCUCAUCCGGUGAACUCAUCGAACAAAUCAUCCAUCCUACCGACCCUUCAAAGACCGUGUUCUACUACGCACAAGCUAUCCCUACCUCCGUCCAGCACAUCGCCUGGGUAGUCGGCCCUCUCACCUCUCAACUCCUCCAUGCUGUCAACUUCCUACCUCAUGCCCUGUCCUUCUUCACCCAGGAAUACGGAUCUUAUCCCUACUCAUCCUACAAACUCGUCUUUCUCGACAUGUCCUCUGCCACCCAUUCCAUCGGCGCCACAUUCAACUCAGCCACCCUGACACUCUAUCCCGCCGAUUUACUCUACCCAGCCCAAGUCAUCGACCAAGUUCUCGAAACCAAGCCAGUCCUCGUCCAAUCUCUCGCCAGCCAAUGGAUCGGCAUCAAUAUCAUCCCCAAAGCUCCAUCCGACACAUGGCUCAUCAACGGCCUCUCCCUCUACAUCACCGGCCUAUAUUUCAAGGCAAUCUGGGGUACGAAUGACUACCGAUAUCGGAUCAAGAAGGAAAUCAUCAAAUGCGUCGAUUCGGAUGUCGAUAAACCACCGAUCUGCCAACCCGGUUUGCCAUUGCCGAUCGACACUGAAGUUCUAGGUUUCGUCAAUCUCAAAGCGAGCCUCGUACUUUAUAUUCUCGAUCGACAUCUCAGGCGAUCAGGCGGUGGUACAUCUCUCGGCUUGAGUCGGGUCAUCCCAAAGAUCUUCCUUUCUGCGAUCUCGGGCGAAAUGCGCGAUAACAUGCUAUCGACCAGCAGCUUCCUGCGCAUCUGUCGGAAAUUGAACGGAAACGAGCUGAAAUCUUGGGCUGACCAAUGGAUCUAUGCCUCUGGUUGUCCAGUCUUCCAAGUCACAGCGCAUUUCAAUCGGAAAAAGUUAACCCACGAGCUCACCUUGAGGCAACUCAACCGAUCAAAGCAGUACUACGAAGAUGAUCGGACCACUUGGGCGGAGAAGUGCAACAUGAAACCAGUCGAUCGGUUCGAAGGACAAAUGUCGAUCAGAAUACAAGAAUGUGACGGUAUUCCUUACGAACAUGUGCUCGAUAUCAAGGAACCUUUCAAGCGCUACGAGCUGCCCUCUAACCACAAGAAUAAGAAAUUCAAGCGUUCCAGUCGCCGAUACGCUUCAUCCAACCAAGCCCCUGCUGAUCUCGCCGAAAACUCGACCGAAACGUUUACUUAUCCGCCCUGGGAGCGUUCACAAGAGGAGCGCGAUCGAUGGAAAGUGGAAGAUUGGACGGAAGAAGAGGACCUGUUUAUCACUCAAUCGAACGUCGAGUGGAUUCGUCUGGAUGUUGAGGUCGAAUGGAUCUGUGACUUCAGAUUUGAGAUGAAAGAGUUCAUGUGGCUAGAACAACUUCAGAGGGACCGCGAUGUCGUCGCUCAACUGGAGGCGGUCAGAGCGUUGAAAACUCUACCUUCAAAGAUUGUCUCGAGUCACUUGUGCCGAGUUGUUCUCAUCCCGGAGUACUGUUUCAGAAUCCGGGUUGAGGCCGUCUUGGCCCUCGUCUCGUGUGCAAACAGUCGGUGCGGCUUUCUGGGCCUUUUCCAUCUCCUCAAACUCUUCCAAACACGCUACUGUUAUCCUCCCCAAGUCGAACCUGACAGUCCAUGGAACAUCAGAGCAAUCCCCAAGCCCAACCAAUUCAACAAUUUUGCCGAUUAUUUCAUCCGCAAGGCAAUCGUCGUUGCCCUGUCCCACGUGCGAGAUCAGACCAACAACUCGCCUUCGGUCUGCCAUCAGUUUUUCCUUGACCAGCUGGUCUAUAACGACAAUUCCUUGAACGCGUAUUCCGAUGCCCAUUACAUAGCGACUACAAUCGGAUCAAUGACCGAUUCAUUGAUGCAUCUAGCCGACGAUGGUGGAAGGGAGCAACUAGGCGAAAUCUUCGGAACCAAAGCGCUUUCAACAGGGGCGCUUCCGGAUUUGGAGAGGACUUGCGACAAAAGAGUACUACUGAUGAUCAACGAACUCGAAAGAUGCUUCAUGUCCGACCGACUGGUACCUUCCUAUCGCAAUCUGAUCGCAAUGGCUGUCAUCGAAGCCAAAUUAAAACUAAUGUACGCAGGUUUCUUGCCGGUUGAUUUGAUAUUCUUUUUGCUGUGCGCAAGGCCCGAAAAUUAUCUCCCACUGCGGAUCCUAGCAUUUGAUUGUCUUCUCCUGCUCAAAGGAUUUCAAGAAAAGGCUAUCAUUCGAUACAUGUUCUUAGUUUUACGUGAUGAUCCAUCUCUGCUGCUUCGCCGGCGGUUGGCAAUGGGUUUGGUCCAGUGCUUACCGAUUUUAGUUUUGCUGGAAGAAAUCGGUAUGGAACCCUCUGACCACAACUUCUCAGUGAUCGACGAAAGUCACCCGUUCAAUAGCCUCAAGUUCGAUCACAAGACCGUCACAAAGCAUCUGAGAGCCGAAGUUGGUCGUGCAUUAAUUCUGAGAGAAUGUAUCAUGUCUGUUAUGUUAGAUCCCGCCGUAGACACGGACGUGCAGACUUGUCUGUUGAAAAUAUCAGAGAUCCUCUUCAAACCUUCGGACGAAUCUGUGCCCGUUCGGAUUCCCGAAGAAAAGCGACCCGAAUCGGAAGCUCCGAUGCCUGUUUCUACAAAAAUUCGGAUUCAUGCUCCCUCAGCUCCCGCUAUUGAACCGGCACAAUCUGCAGCUCCCCUGCCGAAGAUAAUUUUGAAAGAUCAUCAGCAUCAUUUGACAAAUGAUACCGACCCGGGGGCCUCCUCACCCCCAGCCCCGUCGGCACCAGAUGUACCGUCGAAGCUAGCCGCGGCCUUGAUAAGGAAACCAAAACCUCCGCCCAAACCCAAAAAGUUCCAGGCUAGUGGCAUGUCGAUUCCCGAUCAUAAGAUGUGCCAGAAUCUAUUAAAAAAACUGGCUAGCAAUCAAUUGAGUCAACCGUUUCGGAAACCUGUCGAUCCGAUUCGGGACAGCGCCCCCAAUUAUUUCAAUAUAAUAUCUACUCCGAUGGACUUCAAGACCAUGGGCCUCAAGCUCGAAAUGGGUCAAUAUCCUAACCGGGAGGCAUUCAAGGAUGAUGUCAAUCUGAUUUUUACGAAUUGCAAAACCUACAACCUACCAGAUUCUUCGCUAGUGGUCAAAUACGCUGAACCGUUAAAGGCCGCAUUCGACAAACUGUGGGAGCGGUCUGAAAAAACGAUGAGUGCUAUCCAAGCCAAAGGCCUUGGCGGGGUGAACCCAGCUCGGCUACCACCUCCGGAUACAAAGCUAAUCGUGACGCCAAAUAAUGUUGUGCCACUUGCCCCACCACCUUCGUUUGCUGCCUUCGCCGCUGGUGGCUCGAUGAUUCCUCCGUCGUCAUCACCGCCAAAGUCCCCUGGAUUGCCUCCUCUUCCCGCUCCACCACGGAGGAGUCCAGAAGCUUCAAGACCCGGUAGGCUUAAAGUGAAGCUCAAACCGCGAACCUCGAUAUCUACCAAUGGAACCAUAUCUGAAAUUAUACCCGACAAUCAUUCAUCAAUACCCCCCGCCCCAAAAUCCGGGCUGAAGAUCAAAUUUACACCCACAUCUACUACCUCGAACCUUGCCAAUCCACCUUCGACCCCGGUCGAUAUUCAACCAGAAGGCGGACGACCCAAGACAUCUGCCUAUCCAUCCCUUCCGUUCCCUACUUCAUCGUCAUCUGCCUUUCCCCCUCCUCCGCCACCCAUCAUGAUUUCUAUGGCCCCUCCGAAGUCGCUCCCGCCACCACCUCCCACAUUUGUACCGCCCCCGCCCCCACCAUCAUUCGAGUCAUUUUCACUCGCGGCCCAGAAACCUACGCCCGCUUCGAGUCGCCCGGAAAAGCCAUCGGUGGAGAUAGAGCCAUCCAAUCCUGUGCCUACCAAGUGUAAGAAACGACCAUCAUCUUCUCAGACUAUGACAACUGCUGUACCACCACCUCUGGCGCCAGGGCCAUCGACUCAACAGCCUGUUAAAAGAAAUAACUUGAUUGUCCAAUUCCCCAAACCACCGACAUUACCACCCGCGCCAACUGUUACAACAGCAUCAUCAGCACCUGGUCCCAGUAUUGGUUCAUCGAAUCUCUCAGCUCCGCCACCGCCCUCGUCACCCGAACUCGACUCAAAAUGCACCAAGCAUCCGACAGCCUCUGUACCCAUCCCAGCACUAAAACCCCAGGUUAAUCCACCCCCACCUUCCAAUCCUAUAAAAAUCAAGGUAGUACAACGGCCAGCGCCCCGGCCGGUUGCUGCAGAUCACUCAGAAGCAGCCACGCCUUCUAUUUUGCCAAAUUCGUCCAAGAGUAAAUUAAAGAUGGAGAAAAGCCCAAAGUCGAACAGUAAAUCGAAAGGGGCUCGAAGCGUGACUGUUCCUACUAAAACUCAUCUGGAACGUCUCUCGCCCAAUCCAGUCGACUCGCCAGGAAAGACAGUCACCUCGUCUUCCCCACCUACCAAGAAGUCGAAAACUAAAAAGUCAACUUUACCCGAAUACAUAGACCAAAGCUCAGGACAUCGAUCUUCUCCACCCGCGCUGCCCAAAACACCAGACUUGGGCGCUUCCGGGUCCCCUAGUCAUAUAUCAAGAAGUCCAUCCGCCUCCACUGCCGCCGGCAGAUCAGUCACAUUGGCUCAUCCUCCUAGCACAUCUUUUCUCAGCGAGCCUGUCAAAGCGGCCAGCCCAGUAGCCAAUGAUCUACUGAACUCAAAGAAAGCCAAAGUGAUCAUCCGGAAGAUGAUGGAACAUCCGCAGGGUGUUUGGUUUCGGAUUCCAGUGGACCCGAUUGCCGUUGGCGCACCGACCUACCUGGACGAAAUCAAGAAUCCCAUGGACCUCUCGACGAUGGUCAAGAAGCUCGAUAAAGGCCUCUACAAACGCCACUCCGAACUGAUGGCUGACUUCGAGUUGAUCGUCUCAAACUGCGUCCAAUUCAAUGGCGCUGAGAGUCAGUUGGGAUUGGAGGCUAAGGCACUCAAGAAAGUCUGGGACCUCGAAUGGGAAAAGGCCGCUAAAAUGUCUUAUACCGAUAAACGAUCGCUCUUGGGUUUAUUUAAUAAAUUAAACCAAGUACCUGGUGUUGAGCUGUUUAAUGAGCCAGUCGACCCGGUCAAAUACCAAAUCCCGACCUACUACGCGGUGAUUGGAGGCCAACAGAACGCGCGAGAUCUGGGGACGAUCAAAGCGAACCUGGUCGCGGACCGAUACAACAGCAUCGGCGAGUUCGAGGCGGACGUGCGGCUAAUGCUGAAGAACUGCUUCACGUUCAAUGCGCCGACUACCCCGGUGGAGGUGAUCGGACGGGACCUCGAGAAGGCCUUCGACAUCGCCAUGGUCAAGGUUCGCAAAGACGCCGGCUUGCCCCCUACCGCUGGAUCAUCAUCCACCCCUGGAAACAAACGCAAGGGCGUCGAGCCCGCCGCUUCUUCGAAAAGAUCUCGCGUCGGGUGA